UGGGUUUUGGGCACACUGCUUAAACCCUACGAGAAAAAAGCAGACUUCAACACUCUCUUACUCACUCUCUCUCUAGCUCUCGUGAGUGGCAAACUCGCAGAAUCCUGUCGGCUCAGCAUCUCUCCCUCACCGGUUCUCAAUCGCGUCUCGGACAGCGCGGUUCGUCGGCGGUCUCGCCCUCGCUUGGGAAAGCAUGAAUCCAAGUAUUGGAACCAAAACUGCUCUAAAAUCUCUUGUGGUCCCAACUGGACCUUGUAGUUGGAAUCCACAUACGUCUGGUUCUUAUCAAUGCAAGAUUCCAUUAGACUUAAACUCUAGGAAAUUUCUGCAGCUACCAUUGAAUUAUGGAGGAACACAAGCUAGAGCAUGUGCAAAGAAUGUUUUUAGGAAGUAUAGCAUAAGUGCAAAAAUGGCUGAAAGUCUUACAUACAAGGAUGCUGGUGUGGAUAUAGAUGCUGGCUCAGAGCUUGUUAGGAGAAUUGCGAAAAUGGCCCCUGGAAUUGGAGGCUUUGGAGGUCUUUUCCCUCUUGGGGAUUCAUACCUUGUAGCUGGUACAGAUGGUGUUGGGACUAAAUUGAAACUUGCAUUCGAAACUGGGAUCCAUGAAACGAUUGGAAUCGACUUGGUCGCAAUGAGUGUCAAUGACAUUGUUACUUCUGGAGCGAAACCUUUGUUUUUCCUUGAUUACUUUGCGACGAGCCAUCUUGACGUUGACCUUGCUGAAAAGGUUAUAAAGGGCAUUGUGGAUGGCUGUCGGCUAGCUGAUUGUGCUCUUUUGGGAGGAGAGACUGCAGAAAUGCCUGAUUUCUAUGCGGAAGGCGAAUACGAUAUCAGCGGCUUUGCUGUUGGCAUAGUGAAGAAGGAUUCAGUUAUAGAUGGAAAAGACAUUGUUGCUGGUGAUGUGCUCAUUGGCUUGCCGUCAAGUGGGGUGCAUUCGAAUGGUUUCUCUCUUGUCAGAAGAGUUUUGGCCCGAAGUGGUCUUUCCUUGACAGACAAGCUUCCUGGUGAAGCUGUGACGGUGGGUGAAGCUUUGAUGGCUCCUACUGUUAUUUAUGUCAAUCAGGUUCUUAAUCUUAUCAGCAAGGGAGGUAUCAAAGGAAUAGCCCACAUUACUGGUGGUGGGUUUACCGAUAACAUACCUCGAGUAUUUCCUAAAGGCCUUGGUGCCACCAUCUACGGUGACUCCUGGGUGGUUCCUCCACUAUUUAAGUGGAUUCAAAAGGUGGGAAACAUAGAAGAUUCUGAGAUGAAGCGGACCUUCAAUAUGGGCAUUGGGAUGGUUUUGGUGGUUAGCCCUGAAGCUGCCCUUCGGAUACUGGGUGAUGAUGAGAUAACAGCAUAUCGCAUUGGUGAUGUGGUUAACGGUGAAGGGGUGAGGUAUUGCUAAGAACAAUUCUGUACCCUUCUAAGAUAUGUCGUAUUUUUUCAUUGUUGUAUUAUAGUGAAUUGAGUAAUCCAACGAUGUAAGGCCCUUUUUUUCUCUACAAGAUGUGCAUGAUUGACUUGUGAAAAGAUUAAGGAAAUUGUAGUUUUUUUUGGGGUCGGAUGGGAAUUCUGGCUUUGCUAAAUCUUUUCAAAGCAAUUUUAAUUC